GCUCCUUGUACAUCUGUGAUUCAACGGCUGUUUGUUCACCUUCCCACUCUGCAGAAUUCAGCUUUCCCACAAACAAUACUUCUUCUUCUUCUGCUAACUCUAACACUUUUCCUCUUCAGUUGACAUUACAAUAGCCCAGAUUCUCAACUCCACUGGAGCUUUGUUCUGUUGAACAUAUGUCAUAGGAGAGGUGUGCUUUAACAAUAUUUACCCCUGCUGCUAUUUCUGAGUCUACACAAGCUCUUCGUGGCCUCUGGUCCCAAUUAAAGGUGCUCUGUUAUUAUGUAUUUUGAUACCUGCUCGGCCCAGAUGAUUACACUCAGGUUUGCCUGAGGUGGGGUGAUAAUGUGAACCUGCGUUGGGAGAUGUCAUUCUUGUUCCGUUUCACACAAUUAUCUAAAUUGUAUCUCCUCUCCCCUGAGCUAUGAAAUGCUGAUGUCACACAUUGUACACCAAGAGAUGUAGUUUGAAGUGUCUGUAGGGUGUGUAUGUAAGCGUGUGUGUGUGUGUGUGUGUGUGCACUCCCUGUUGAGUCGUUUAGUGGGUGACACAUUGAACUGUAGUCAGGAAUGCUACCCUGUGAGAGGAGGAAAAGAGGGAGAAAACAACAAUGGGAGGGGGAGGAGAGAGAAAGACAGACAGAGAGAGAGAGAGAGAGAGAGAGGACAAGAGGAUAAACCAGUGUGGCAGGUUUGCGUCACUGUACACAGUCCAUCAUGCAAAGCUGAUGGAGAGAGAAAAAGACAGAGAGAGAGAGAGAGAGAGAGAGAGAGGAGUUAGGAGCUGAUGUCAUGACAGAGUACUGCCUUCAUUAUGAACCCGAGUCAACAUAAUGGUCUAGGACAGAGAUCACUCUAAUGGAAGGCAAUGGGAGCUGUUCACUGAGGUCGCGCUGGGGAACCGAAGACUCCCGAGGACAAAACAAACAGGAAAGCAAGAAGAGGAACCCAGAGGAGGCAUCGCUUCUAUACCACAAGAUAGUGAAUCGUCAAGAGUGUCACUGAAAUAUCAAACUUUUUAAUGCAGGACUUGUUUCUCUGCAAAGAACUAAUGAGGUGACUGUAAUUGUGCCAAUGUUUUGCUGUUUCUACACACUCAAAACUGCAGCAUUCAGAUGAACUGCUUCCAGAGUGCAGCCUAAAAGACAGUUGCUUGGAAUCGCUUAAAUAUCAAGUUCACUCUUCCGCUCUCUUUUUGGGAUUUGGCACUUGACAGGAGGUCAUUAACUUUGUUUACUCUCAGACAAUGGACUUGUCCUUGCUCCCUUCUCCAGCGAGUGAGUGCAACAAGCAGAGGACAGGAGCACGCUUCACUGUCCGCUCAGCUAACUCUCCCUCGUACAGUCUCACUCGCAGGCCAGGUGUUAGGAAAGCCAGAGGUUCCUCUGAGGAGGAGAGGGAGGGCGCCAAGGGAGUUGGAGAACGAGAGACACAUGGGACGAACCCUGGCACAAACGUUACAAGCAAGGAGGAGGACGGAGCAGCUGGAUAUCAAGCCAUGACUGGGUGUCACCACAGUGUCAAAGGUCAGUGCGAGGAGGAGGAAACGUCCGGCCAUGAAAUUCCCCCCAAGCUGAGGCAGAAUGGCUCAAGAGGAGACAAAAUGAGCACAGAUUUUGGCUCUGACGGAAGUGAGAACCCUGCAUUUGAAAGCCGGGGCAGGACAGAGGGGAGGAGGUACAACUGGUCAAGCAGAAGUAAGAGUUUAGAUUGGAGGACGGACACGAGAAGUCCUGAUCGGGGCACCAGAGCGGAUAUGUUGUCAACCAAAAGUGGAGGGGACAUCAAUAAACAGAUUGGAGGCUUGGUUGAAAGAUCGAUGGGAGCUGACGGUGUGAGGGGCAGGGUGAGGUCUUCUGUACAUGCCUAUAACUCUGCAGGUACAGCUAAUGUCGUUCGAGAGAGGAGCCCAGUAAAUCACAUGAGCCAGACUUUGGACCGGACCACCAGGGGUCAUUCUCUCCCCUCUAGGAUGAGGUCCCAGUCUGGCCAAGGCUCUAGGUUUGCAGAGACAGCCAAUUCGUUUGGGCCCAAAGGAGGUCAGAGUAUACUGGAGCGGAUAGAGAAACUCUACGGGUCUGCUGGUCAUGGUAAAUCUGAGGAUUCGUCGCAGCAGAGGUCGUACGAGAGGGCAACGGGGGGAACCUUCCCCAGGCGUUUCUCAUCAGGAGAGAGAAAUAGCCUCAGUCCAGUGCAAAGCAGGAAAUCCGUCACCUGGACGGAUCAAAAAGAUACUUCAGGCUUUGACAGUUUGUUUUCUCCAGGGAGAAACAGGAAAUUGUCAGGGGGACAGUGGCAAGGACAAAUCCAGGGCAGGUGCUCAGAGGAAGGUGGGGUUAACUGGGGGAGAGGUGUAGCAGAGGUGGGCACAAGGUCUCUGGACAGAGCAAGGAGUAGGAACACUGUAGCAGGACAGAUUAGAUCUGCCAGAGCUGCAGGAGUGAUUAUUGCACCUGCAGAGUCUUUCUUAGCAGAAAAGACAACAUUUUCUCUCAAAGACUCGUCUGGAUUCAGAGAGAGAAGAGCAAAUGCCAGUGAGGACCAGGGCAGGGCAGAGGAAAAGGGUGACACUAAUGGAAUAAGUGGGGCAAAAGAGACAGAUGAUGGUGCAAUAGUAAAAACUGAAAUGAAGAGUGGUGGCACUGAUGAGGACGUGUUUGAGUCAAAUCCAACAAAAAUUACACUGAAAACAACAGAGAGGAAGAAGUACCCAGAGAUGCUUUCUGUCCCCUCUGCAGCCAGUGUGAAAAAUAAGAUCAGUCAGUUUGAGGCUCUGUCACAGAGAGCUCAGGGUUUGGCAACGGGACAGGUCCUGAUACCCAGGAGAGCCUUGUCUGUGCCAACGCGACUCAGCUGGGGCCACGAUGGAGUGAAGAAGAGCGAGUCAGCAAAAGCACCAGGUGGAUUGAGGGACAGGUGGGAAGGGUUGAAAGAGGAAGGAGGUGAUAAAUCUGAAGAGAAAGUGACAGGAGCAGGGAAGAAGCUUGUGUCAGGGAGGUCUCUGUCAGUGGACGAGGUUGGACUAAGAUUAGGGGGGAAGGAGAGAGAGGGGAAUGACUUAGCUGAGAAUGAAAGCAAAGAAAUGGAUGGUGGAGACAGUUGUGCUGAAAAUUUUGGUAAAUAUUCCAGACUCAGGAGUACACUUGAAAUUCCCCUGAAUGAAGGAGCUCAAAGACGCCACAGAAACUUUUACAUAGACGAGACAGAUUUCUCCAAACUCUCAAGCCCCGAGGAGGGAAGCGAGAAAGAUAUCACAGCCAGCAAUACACCGUCCCCGUUACUGUCUAAUUCCAGUGACACCUCAACUAGUGUGCAGAAAAUAACAACCUCUGUGAUUACCUCUCCUGUUAGUGAUGAUGACAAGACUCCAACAAACACCCCUGACCACUCGCCUUUUCUAUCACCCAUCGCACCUCCAGAAAAUGCCUCUUUCUUCACAGAAGCUCCUCAAACUCCUGAUCCGGACUCCCCACCACCUCUCCCUCCUCCACUCGCCACCUCCUCCCAAAGCAACCUCUCCAGUCUGGUCUUUCCAGAUGCGGGCACAGCCCACCGCAAAGAGAAGAAACAGGUGUUGGAUCUGAAUGCUUGGGUAGCCGGCUUGAACUCAGAGAUCAAGGUCUGGAAUGAUGAUGAAGAUGAUGAUGAGGAUGAUGAUGAAAGCACGCAGAAGGACGAGGAUUCAAACUACGAUUCAGACUCUGGAGAGUCCUCUGUGACCAUCACCAGUAACAUGAGUCAGUCUGAUCGUAGGAGCUUCUGUGUUAGCCUUUCAGACCUGUGUAACUUUGCUGGAGUUGACUAUGAGUCAGAGAAUGACAGCGAUGAGUGGCAAUCACCAAGUCGGCGGUCUGCUUCACUGAGCUCUGAUGUGUCUGCCCUCUCCUAUGUGUCAGUGAUGCCCAGUGAGGAGCUUGACAGGCUGCUGGAGGAUGUCAGGAGCCUGGGGGACAACACCCUGCAGGACUAUGAUGAUGUGCAGGUGGUGGUUCUUCAUAAGGAGGUGGGAGUGGGACUGGGCUUCAGUGUGGCAGGAGGCGUGGACCAGAACAAGCCAAUUACUGUUCAUAAGGUUUUUCACUCAGGUGUGGCGGCUCAGGAAGGCUCCAUAAGGGAAGGGGACAGGGUUUUGUCGAUCAACGGCACAGCGUUGUGCGGCUACGCCCACUGGGAGGCUCUGAGGGUGCUGAGAAGGGCGAAGGCUCGUGAGAUGGCUGUGGUGGUCCUGAGAAGGGGGGGGCUUAGUGACAUCCCUAAGAGUAGAGUGCAGACAAAAACUUUUGGGCCAACAGAGACUCAGUUCAGCAGGACAGAUCAGCAUGUGUGUGUGCGUCUGGAGAAGAAGAGCAGGGAUCUGGGCUUCAGCUUGGAGGGAGGUGAAGGCUCCAGUCAGGGGAACAGACCAAUCACUGUACAGAAGAUCUUCCUGGGAGGUCCAGUUGACAAGGUGUGUCCCGGUGAUGAGGUCCUAGAGAUUGAAGGUGUGAGCAUGGUGGGGAUGAGGCGCCUGGAAGCCUGGACUUUGAUCAAAAAACUCCCCCCCGGGCCUGUGGACGUGGUGUUACGUCGCCCUGGUAAACAUCUGGAAACAUGAGGGUUGUGGAACUGUGCUUCAAGCACAUUAAAGUUCAGGGAAUGAUGACGAACAAGAGGCUAAAAGCAAUGUGUGAGAGACAGCACUGCCUGCAGUGGCCAGGAACACAACACGAAUUAGCUGGGAUGUUUUAGGCCAUUAAAAGAACAGUUUGUUUACAUACAGUGAUUAUAACAAAGCUCUAAAGGACACAUUAUCCUGGAGACCAGGUGUACAGUGUGUAUUUUUACCACUUCUCUCUUUUACAGGAUUACAUCUACCUCAUCACCUGGGAUAAAAAUGCACUGAUGACUUAUACAUUUAUACAACUUAUACAACAGAUAGUUUGAGCAGUUAAAACUAAUAAUGUGGCACUCUAAAUGAAAAUACAUGUUGUAACAUAUUGUGAAUACACUCAACAACUACAUUUAGACUUUAUUUUGUUUUUUAAUAAAUCCUAACAAAUCA